CCUACUUUUUUCUUCCUGCUAUUUCAACUACUACCUAUUUACUAAAGUACUAUUCUUUCUUCCUUACCAUAUCUUAUAAUUGAAAUCCUCAAUAUUACCGUACCCUAAUAACACAUCUGCAAUUCCAUCUCAGCCAAUACGACGUAGUGUACCGCUGCAACACUCCCCCCCACUACAGGCAACUAAUUAACACAGCUGUCUAAAACAAAUAAAAUAAAACCACCCACCCACCCACCAACUGCUAUCGUCACGCUACGUCACAUUCAUGAUUCCACUGCUGAACUACCCUUAUGCACCCUUGCCUGAGGAGAGGUAGACUGUGCAGGUUAAUUCGGAGUAACCUACCCUAAGACGAAACCAGAAGAGAGCUACCUAUAAUCCACUUCUCCAACUUUUUAGCUGCUUGGCUGUUUAGCUGUUUAGCUGUUUAACUGCUAUCGGAAAUCACCUAAAGGUUAGGUCAGAUUACCUGGAAACUAGAUCGACACACGAUCACUUACGCGCAUCCCCACGAGACCCAACUCCAACUGCCGACCAUGAGCAUCAACCGACAAGAUACCGAUUUAAUAGACCUCUCGCCGCCCUCCUCCGGCCCCUCGACCCCCGUAUCCCACCGCUCCCUGUCCCACACCCACACCCACGCCCACACGUUCCCGGAGUCCAAGCCGCAAUCACCUCCGCCCCAGGGCCCCUCCUCCUCCGGCAGCGGCUACGGCGUCAUCCUCGGCCUCUGGCGCCGCUUCUCCUCCCUCGAGUCCCCCACGUCAAACCUCGCACCGCCGCCCUCCCACGCGCAGCUACACAACGCCAAUUCGGAACCCGUAGGCGCGGGCGACGGUGUAACGGGACCGUUCGUCCCGCUGGCGCGCCGCACACCGUCGCCUCUGCGUGGGCUCCCUUCUCUCGAGCCCUUGGUGCUGCACGGCUAUCGAGCCGACACCCGGACUGACGAACGGUUGCUGGCGCAAGGCCUGGCGGAGGAGAUCAGGACGUUCUUGCCCGAGCGGUUGAAGAUUGUCGAGGACUGGCGGUUGGUGUAUAGUUUGUACCAGGAUGGCAGUUCGUUGGCUACGCUGUAUAAGCGGUGCGAGGAGUACCGCGGACGGAGGGUCGGGUUCGUGCUUGUUGUGCGGGAUGGGAAGGAAGGGACCUUCGGCGCAUACCUAACAGAAGCACCACACCCAGCGCCAUCCUACUUCGGCACGGGAGAAUGCUUCCUCUGGCGCGCAAGCCUCCACGCGCCUCUCCCCCCGCCCCCCUCCGCCGACACAUCCAACCUGAACUUCCGCGCAACGACAAUAGCCUCCCCGACCACCAACACCAACACCAACACCAACACCAACUUCCCGCGCGCCGACAGCCAGCCCGCCAGCCAGCUAGAGCCCGCGCCGACCGACCUAGAAACCGGCAAGGCCGCAACCUCGGUGCAAAGCAUCCGGUUCCAGAACUUCGCGUACACGGGCGCCAACGACUACUGCAUCUUCUGCGAGACGGGCUUCCUGUCCGUGGGAGGCGGCCGGGGCGGCAAGUAUGGCCUGUGGCUGGAUAAUGGGUUGACGCGGGGCCAUAGCGCGACGUGCGAUACGUUUUUGAAUCAGCCGCUUAGCGAAGAGGGCGAGAAGUUCGAUGUGUUUGGUGUGGAGAUGUGGGUUGUGGGUGGUUAAUGCGAUGUUUAACGAAGUAGUAGUAGGGGCGUUGGUUGUUGGUAUGAGGGUUGUGUGACAUUUCAUCAAGUCAUUUUUGGCUUGACUCGACUAAUGGGAACGAAUCGGGAUGGGGUGUGAAGUAUCGUGGUAAUUACGGCGAGCGUCUGUACGAGCAGCAUGGCAAUGGGAAGCACGUCGUGGUGUAGUACGGUGCGGUAUACCGGUGAACGAGCCAAACCCGGCCAGGCAAGGAUGGAAAAGGGGGCUGGAAAUACCUAGCAGAUAAAACACCGAGAUCAUGACUGGGGCAAAUAGGCGUUCCGGUUCCAUAGGGACAGACAAGCAAGCAAGUCUUGCUAUUUUUGUUGUUGUUUUUUGUUUUGUCUCUGUCGACGGAUGGAAUUGCUAAAUAUAUUAUAUUAAUUCCGCUCACUGACUUUGACUUUGGCUUGGGAUAAGUAGUAGUUAAAAGAGAUUGGUCGCUCUAGCUUUUGAUGUUCUUCUUGAUAAGAUCAGGUAGGAUCAGAUGAAUGAACGAGAAUGCUUACUAUGUAGGCAGCUUUCUAGCA